CCCCGGCCGCUCUCUGCCUGUCUCCCCCGUUACCGCCAGGCUUUGUCGCCGCCUUAAGGCAUGCCCGCUCUCCGCGGACCGGCCCUGCCUGUAGGCGGCGCCAGGGCGAGACGGCCCGAGGCUGGGCCGACGCUGACUCCUCCCGCCCGCGAGGAUCCUUAAGCGCCUCCUCGGCCUCCCAGCUCCGGUAGCGCCGGGUGUGUGCGCAGGUCCGCGGCUGCCCUCGCUCUGCCACGGGCGCCUCCGCCUCCUCCAUGCAGGCCAGCCUCGGCUUCCUCGCGCAGCGCCGGCCCGGGUGGCUCGGGGUCGCCGCGCUGGCGCUGGCCGCCGUGGUGCUGGGGGCUGUCGUCUGGCGUCGCGCAGGGCCCAGGCGGCGCCGGCGGCUGCAGCAGGUGGGCACCGUGGCGAAGCUCUGGAUCUACCCGGUGAAAUCCUGCAAGGGGGUGGCGGUGAGCGAGGCGGAGUGCACGGCCCUGGGGCUGCGCAGCGGGAACCUGCGGGACAGGUUUUGGCUGGUGAUUAAGGAAGAUGGACACAUGGUCACUGCCCGGCAGGAGCCUCGCCUCGUGCUGGUCUCCAUCACGUGUGAGAACAACCGCCUGAUCUUCAGGGCUCCGGACGUGGACCAGCUGGUUUUGCCUAUCAAGCAGCCUUCCUCAAACAAACUCCACGACUGCAGAAUAUUUGGCCUUGACAUUAAAGGCAGAGACUGUGGCAAUGAGGCAGCUCAGUGGUUCACCAACUUCUUGAAAACAGAAGCGUACAGAUUGGUUCAAUAUGAGACAAACAUGAAGGGAAGAACAUCAAAAAAACUUCUAGCUCCUAUUAAUUGGAAUUACCAGGUGGCUUACCCAGACUACAGUCCCCUCCUGGUCAUGACGGACGCCUCGCUGGUAGAUUUGAAUACCAGGUUGGAGAAAAAAGUAAAAAUGGAGAAUUUCAGGCCAAAUAUCGUGGUGACGGGCUGUGAUGCCUUUGAGGAGGAUACCUGGGAUGAACUCCUAAUUGGUAGUGUAGAAAUGAAAAGGGUAAUGGCGUGCUCCAGGUGUAUUUUCACUACGGUGGACCCAGACACUGGAAUCAUAGACAGGAAACAGCCACUGGACACCCUGAAGAGCUACCGCCUGUGUGAUCCUUCUGAGAGGGCACUAUACAAGACGUCUCCACUUUUUGGGAUCUAUUAUUCAGUGGAAAAAGUUGGAAGUCUGAGAGUCGGCGACCCCGUGUAUCGGAUGAUGCAGUGACGGAUGCACUAGGGUGAUAUGGUUUCAGCAACCAGGAGGGAUUGACUGGGAUCUUAACAACAGUGGCAACAAUACAUCAGCAAAUCCUUAUUAUCCAACCUUCAACUAUCUUUACCCUGGAGAGGAAUCUUGAUUUUUGACUUUUCAAAGUUGUGUAUGCUCCAGGUUAAUGCAAGGAAAGUAUUAGAGGUGGGAAUAUGAAGAUAUAUAUGUAAGUUUUAGGUAUUGAAGGCUUCAAAAAUAGUUAACAUCAUCAAAAAACUAUUUUGGGUGUCAUCAUGGCCAUUAUGCUUUUUUACUUCCUGACUUUAAUAUUGAUGAAUAAAGUAAGUUUAAUGAAUCAACUAAAAAGCUGCAAAAAAUGUUUUUAAAAUGUAUAUCUUUUAUUACCUGUCAGUCUAUGUUUUAGGAGACAUGGGAAGCAACAGAUCACUGUGUCUUGAUGAGUAGGUCACAUGUUUCCACACUCACAAAUGCCUGGUGUUGGUCUUUACAUGGCUGUGGAGCCCCAUUGACUUUUCACUCAUGUGCCUUUUACUCUAGCAUUAUGGAAUCUGAUUGGGCUGUGCUUGACUGUGGAAAUGAUCUUAUAGACUUUGCUUUACACUUUUGUCUAUUACACCUUUAUUAAGCCAUAUAAAAGUAACCUGUGUGAAAUUGCCAGAUACACCACCUGGAAUUCCGAGUAAGAUAAAGGAGAGGAUGACAUUUAAAAGAGAAUUGAAUUUCGAAAGUAGGAGUGGGAGGAAGACAGCAUGAAUGUGUUUUUUUCAGUGCAAAUAAUUUUUUCGUAACAAAGAAACAAACUAUUUUGGUAUGAUCUUAAGCAAAAAAUACUCACUGAAGUGGUCUAUAGAUGAAUUCACCUACUUACAAUUUUGUGGUUUCUUUGUAAAUAAUAAAUGUGAAUUGCAAUCCUG